AUGCCUUCAACGACUCAACCCUCGGACCUGAGGUCCGAUGAUGGCACCAAUCUUCCCGAAUUUGGCGACGCUCUGGAUGCUACUACCUUUGAGCAGAUCCUCGAAAUGGACGACGACGAAGACGAACGCGAGUUCAGUAAGAGCAUAGUCUACGACUUUUUCGAACAAGCCCACACCACAUUCGAGAGAAUGGACGAGAACCUCGAGAAGAAAGAUCUGAACCAACUCUCCGCUCUCGGACACUUCCUCAAAGGUUCCUCCGCCACGCUGGGUCUAACAAAGGUAAAGGAUUCCUGCGAAAAGAUCCAGCACUUCGGCGCGGGCAAGAACGAAACGGGCGACAGGGAUGAACCAGACGACGAGAAAUCUCUGGCCAGCUGCAGAAAGACGAUCGAGCAGGCAAAGGUGGAAUUCAAGGAAGUGGAGAAGAUUCUACGGAGGUUCUACCACGAUGAUGGUACGGGAGCUGCGCCCGCAUGA